ACAAGGGAGAGAGGUUGAUUUGAAAGAAUAAAUUUGGGAAAUUCAUAUAUAAAUGAAAGAUGUCCUAAUGAUUAAUCUCUUUCUGCCCUUCAACCCCUGCCCCUACUCACUAUUUACCAACACUGCCUUGCAGUCCUUGGAGCUAGAACCAUUGGAUUUGUCAGCCUUUCUGAAGUGAUUUACAGUGAAGCAAGUGGUUUCCUUCUUCACCUGUUUUCCAUCUUCUUUUGGCAGUUUGGUAUUUUUCCUUAAAGACAAUAUCUUCAUGUGCUUUGGUUUGGCUGGCUCCUCUGGUUGAUGGCAUGUUGAGAUUCAAGGGCCAGUGGCAGCGAGGGCAUCUGAUCCAGAAGGGGCCACUCUAGAGGCCAGGCUACCGGUACCAUGGGCCAGUGUGUCACCAAGUGCAAGAAUCCCUCAUCAACCCUGGGCAGCAAGAAUGGAGAUCGAGACCCCAGCAGCAAGUCACACAACAGGCGAGGUGCAGGCCACCGGGAUGAACAGCUGCCAGCUUGUGGCAAGCCAGGUGGGGAUAUCGUCGUCAAUGGGACCAAGAAGGCAGAGGCUGCCACUGAGGCCUGCCACCUGCCAACAUCCUCAGGAGAUGCUGGGAGGGAGCCCAAGUCUAAUGCCGAAGAAUCUUCCUUACAGCGGUUAGAAGAACUGUUCAGGCGCUACAAGGACGAGCGGGAGGAUGCAAUUUUGGAGGAAGGCAUGGAACGCUUUUGCAAUGACUUAUGUGUUGACCCCACAGAAUUUCGAGUGCUGCUUUUGGCUUGGAAGUUCCAGGCUGCUACCAUGUGCAAAUUUACCAGGAAAGAGUUUUUUGAUGGCUGCAAAGCAAUAAGUGCAGACAGCAUUGAUGGGAUCUGUGCCCAGUUCCCCAGCCUCUUAAUAGAAGCCAAACAAGAAGACAAAUUCAAGGAUCUCUACCGGUUUACAUUUCAGUUUGGCCUGGAUUCUGAAGAAGGGCAGCGGUCACUGCAUCGGGAAAUAGCCAUUGCCCUGUGGAAGUUAGUCUUUACCCAGAACAAUCCUCCAGUGUUGGACCAGUGGCUAAACUUCCUAACAGAGAACCCUUCUGGGAUCAAGGGCAUCUCCCGGGACACUUGGAACAUGUUCCUUAACUUCACUCAGGUGAUUGGCCCUGACCUCAGCAACUACAGCGAAGAUGAGGCCUGGCCGAGUCUCUUUGAUACCUUUGUGGAGUGGGAGAUGGAGCGGAGGAAAAAUGAAGGGGCUGUGGGAGGUGUACUCAGCUCAGGGCCCUUGGGCUUGCGUCCCCAGGAGCAGACUUAGUGCUCUGUUCCAGGCAGCCAUGAGGUUCUGCCCACUGCCCUGGAGCCACCCGAGGAAUUGGACCUUUCUGGAAAUUACCUAAUAUCCAGAUAUUUUCUACUCUAUGCCUUUCUCUGCCUUGUAUCUGAAAGGGCUCUAAAAUGCUGUAUCAUGUUUUAGGCACUUUCUUCUUUUCUUUUUUUUGGGGGGGGUUACUUUGGUUAUUUCCUUUUGGGGGGUCCCCCAAAAUAUUUGAACCUGGCUACAUGUUGUGUAUCUUCUUCUUCUUCUUUUUUUUUUUGAAGCCUUCAGAUAGCAUUGGCCUGCCAAUUGUUGCACAGAUAUUUUUGGGGGGCUGGGGUGGGAAGGGCAUAGAGCAGGGUGGGGAGUGUGGGCAAGUUAGGUUGAGUUAACAUUGCAAACAAUGCAGUGCCAGAUCUCAGUUUUGCAUAGUGUUUUUCAGGGCAGGUCUGUACUGUGUGUAGUGCUGUUUACAUCGUUGAAUUUAGGUUGUAAUGAUAAUUUUUAAAGAUUUACACGGAAUUGAUUAGCAGUGUUAACUGUUAACCACAUUGCAUUAAUUUCCAGGUGAGUAAAAGCUCUUGGAGAGCCAAGGCCAGCUGAUAGUGUCUGUAGUCUGGUGACAAACCCCUUUUAAGUGAAUUUAUCUGAAAUCCUUCCUUCUCGCACUUCUUGCUCAUUUCUUCUUUGACCCAUUGCAUUUCACGUUGAGUUUAUGUACCAACAUGCUGCACCUGUCAGUCAAGUGAGCAGUGAUUUUAGAACACAUACUAACAACCACUUAAGGAAUGCAGAGAAAGCAGUGCUACCUCAGUUUUGUUGGAAGUAGACUUUGAUAGUUUUUGUUUGUUUUUGGUGAAUUUUCUGUAUUUUCAUGUUGUAAGUGGAAAUACACUUUUUUAUUUGCCUUGGAGCCAAAGUUUCUGUUUUUGGUGGUCGGAAAACUGCCUGCUGGCCACUUGACUUGAAGGAAAACUGUGGUGUGGAGCUCUGCUUGAAUACUUCUUAAAAAACAUUUUGAGUAUCAUCAACUUACUUGUCUGGCAAGUGCAAAAGCCUGGGGCUGGCCUGAACUUUGCCAAACAAAUACAGACAGGUAUUGAGUAGUUAAAUGUGUGCCCUUUUCCCUUGUUGCUGCACCCAUGUUGUCACUUUACCCCUAGGCAUUAUUUAUUAUUUCUGUUAAUGUCAGGCUCAUUUGGGGUAAUGUUGAUGACUGUUUAGGUUUACAUGACCCUCUUUCCUUCCCCUCCACCCAAAUAAGGUAAAUAUACAUAUAUGAUAUGUAUAUAUUUUACCUAUCUAAAAAAUAUAUAUAUACAUGUAUAUGUAUCUGUAUUCUUGUUUCUUUGCCUGCUAAAACUGGCCAUAAAAGAGGGAGCUGCCUUCAAUAUAUAAAGUAUAAGAAGAGCACCAGGGAAUGUUGUAACGGAAGCUUUUGAAUUUGAGUUUGGACCAUUUUCACUAAAGAGAACAUGAAUUUUCUCAGCUCUUUCCUCCUCAGAGGGAGGCGCAGUUCCCCAGACUCCUCUGCACGCUUGCUCCAUGAGGCCAGCUUUGAACAAACUGCCACAUAGGAGCUGACUCUGGUCCUACCUCGUUGCAGUAGAGUGUCUUCUUGCCAUUUUUUCAUUUAAAAAAAAAUGACCUUAGAAAACUGAACUGGAAGGGUGGGUGGCAGGUACUGUACAGUUCAGCUUUCAACACUUUGGUACAGAUUAAAAAGGGAAUCUUUCAAAUAAAAACUUACAAAAAUAUUUAUACUUUUGAAAUAACAAGUUUGUCUGUAGAACACUUGGAGUUUCCUCCCCUAGCUACCCCCAUCUGCCUCCCAGGUAUGUUUCUCAGCCUGGGCAGGAAUUUAUUUUGAGUUUAUUACUAGCCUUAUGGAUUCAGGCUCCCAUCUUUAGAAUGAUUAUUUAAAGAUAUUCUGCAGUUGAUGUCUUUCUGAAAUUGGCAUUGAAUUGGCAUGGAUUUUUGUAACCCUAAAGCUAAUAGUUGUCCCUUUAGCAGGGCAGAUGAGGAAAUUUAAGGUCAGCCACAGCAAGUUAGCAGUACUGCUGGAAAGCAGAAGAGGGUUGGAUCUCAGUCCACAUGUCUGGCUUUGUUCUAGCCUAAGACACAAGAUCCUUGUAUAAAGUUUCUAGGGGCCGCAGCUAGUUCUCCAGGUUCAGUUGUAGUCUGAGUCCUCACACUGAGUUCUCAUCCAGUCAGCAAUCCCUUAUUUUUCCCAAUUCUGAAUUGGAUAAAGGUAGAGUAAGGCAAAAGGCAGGCUCCUCCUAGCCAGGUUAAGGUUCCUUCUGUUCCAGAUAAGAAAAGUAUAGAGAGAGAAGUGCACAAAGGAUUCCAAAGACUAGGGAGAGGCACUAGAUUCCAUCCCCAGCCUACCAGAAGGCAUUCCAUGCAUUAGGUAUGCUACAGCGGAUCGAUUUUGUUUUUCAAUUAAUUGUUCAGCUUCCCCAAUCCCCACAGAAAAACCACUUAAAGAUUGUUUUUGGUUAUAUUUUUACUGAUAUAGUUGUUACAAAAGUAAAAGUGAGAAACUAGAAAAGGGAGGGGAGGGACUUACCAGAUCCUUCCAAGUUUGAGUCCCUGAUACAAGGAAUUCUGUAGUAGCUCUGGGCCAGUGCUUUAAUAGUUUCAUGACCACAGGAAAAUGCAGUUUUUCUGCAAAGGGAUCCAAGCUGGGUGUGUAGGGUUUUCAGUUGUACUUCUAGGAAAUGAAAGAGCCUGUUCCUCUUACCCCGUAAAUAGGUUUCCUACUUAAUGAGCAGGAACUGUGUGGAAGAGGCCAAAUGCAUGCCCCUUGGCUAAUAAGCAAGGCACCCUUCAUUUGAACAGUGUGACAGGGUGUGGAGGGGCAGGAUACAGAUGCCCUUUUGAAAACAGGCAGAUAUCCGAGAGAGAGUACAAACUGAAUUCAUGGGCUGGCAAAUCGCUUGGCUUUGGCAGAUGGCUUUGUGAGCUUCAGUGGUGUUUCUUUACCAAUUUAUUAGAAAACUGUAUGAGACGGCAUCACUUCAUUGAACUGCUCUUCCCCAUCUCUGCCAUGUUUCAUUCUUAACCCUACCUCCUGUAAUGGUACUUUGCUAGGCUUCAGUUGGUUGACUCAGCAGUUCCCCCUCAUCCCUGGCAGAUGGGCCCACAGUGUGAAUUGGCUCCAAGACUCCAUACUGAGUUCGUAAGAAAAAUCUAGAGCUGGGUAAAGAUACAAAUUUCAACCAAGCUCCCAGGCCCAAGGAAAUCCAAUAGAAAAUGUAUAGGCAUUGUUUUCAAUAUUAAAAGGCUUAAGCCACACAGUAUUAGAUGGUCUUUGAAACAGAUCAUCUACCAGGGGCUGGAGCAUGCAGGGUGUGGGAUGUCAUGGGUCAUGCAAUAGCCUAAUAUCAGACUAAGUACAAAUUGUAUUGUAUUAAACAGUGAUGGGAAAAUACCAGGAUAAGAACUUGAGUGUAAGUUUUAAAACUGAAAUAUCUGUAUUUAGGACUGUGUUUGGUAUGCCACACUGAAAGUGAAGUGUUCUGUGCAAUACAAUUAUAAGGCAAAACCUGCAAGGAGGAUGCUGCUAGGUUUGUUAGUUAUCUGAGUUUCCAUUUUCCUUACAUCUCUGUCUAGUGAGGACUUAAACAACCAAGUAACGGACUCUGGCUGAAAGGACUCUGGCUGAAAAGACUCUGAAGUCAUGAGGGUGUGUUGACGGGGACUCACUUGAAGGCACAUGAAAUCAACCCUUCUCUUACUUCACUCUUGUUUUCUGAAUUAUAUUGAGGGGGUUCCCACCACCUCCCUGCAGUUUAUUCUUAAGGGUAGCUGCAAAUACAGAAUAUAUUCAGUAGAACCUGAACUGUGACCGUGUGUCAGUGAGGAUCAGCAGAUAUUUUCCUUAUUAGAAGAUGAAGUAGAUGCUUGAGCUCUGGUUCAGAAACCAAGAUAUUCCAAAAUGGCUUUGAGUAACCAUCAGGUUCUGCUUCUGAUCACAGCCUCCCUGUUCCUCUUGAAAGCUCAGCCAGCUCUCAUACUGACCUAUUUCCACUGCCCACCUCCACUCCCCACCUUUCAACACAGAUCUUGGAUAUCGCCAAAGGAAGCCAUCCAGCAGCUGCUUUCUCCCCCCUCCACCUAUCCAGUACACAUUUAUUCUGGUAGAAGUGUCUUCCCUUACUCUGGUCUCAGACCCAGGUCUGUGAUUGAUUGCACUUACCUGUUGCACUAACAAAUAUGAUUCUCGGUUUCAAAGGGGGCUUGAUUGAAUGAGUUGGUCUUACAGAUACCCUGCCUUAACCUGCUGAGGUGAUGAGUCCCUGCUCAUGUGCCCCCACCUUUGUGGAUUCCUCUUCCUUUCUGACCAGUGUGUUUCUUGAGGUUGUACAAAUUUGUUGACAGAAGUCAAUACUUAUCUGUCUUCUCUGCACUGUUAAACUCCAAAUAGCCCCUUGAAUAUUUUUAUUAACUUGUUACACAUACUUUUGUCUCUGUCUGCAUUAUGUUCUUUUAUUUGGAAGGUUACCUGCUAUUGAGUUUAAUAAAUUUGUUUACUUGAUUAUCGACAAUUCUGGAAAAAAUAAUAAAAAUCAGCAGCUUUAUUCUGGAGUGAUACUAGAUAGCAAUUCCUGUGCUUUGGAAAAUCCAGAUAGUAUAAGAUCCCCAGACUCUGCCACUCACCAACCUUAAUUGCCUUUGGGGUCCCAGUACUUUAGGCAGAAAACAAGUCCUCACAGGGCCACUUCCUAAAUAGUCUUACCUUAGCAACUGAUACGGCUUCCGAUGAGGAAUAAAAAGUAAAUUUGAGCACUGUGCUGAAUGAAUGACUUCUACACAUAUCAGAUUGGCAGUGAUUAAGGAGACAAGCUGAAACUGUCAUAUGCCACUGCUGUGUGACCAUUGGCAGAUGAGUGAAAAUCUGAGUUUUUUUGACUCAUCUGUAAAAUUCAAAGACUGUUAUUUCCAUCAGUGUUAGGUGCUUCCAAAACUCUUUGUAAAUCCUAAGACUUGUAAGUUUAAGAUUUUCAAGACUUAUAAGUUUAAGGAUGUUAGGAGAGUAAUGCAGGAAAUCCAGAGAAUGGGAGAGGAGGGUUGGCAUGGUCACACAUGACUUCCCAGGUCACUGUCUCCCAUAGGCCCAGCUUCCCUCUGUGCCAAAUUUGGGGGAGAGAUGAAAGACUUAGAUGGCUUAGACUAAGAUGAUCCCUGAUGGCUCUCCCUGGCUCUUACAUAGAAGUUUUAUUAUGGUAGACUGCUUAAUAACUAUUAGCUUCCUUUCAUUGUAUUUUCUGUCUAGUUAGUAUUUAUAUUCAGAGAAGCAAUUGGCCAGCCACCCUUCUUCUUUGAUGGCAGCCAUAAUGGCCUUCCCAAAGAUUCCCAAUCUCAUACUGGUAUCCCCUAAAAAUAAGUAAGUACUAUGGUGGGAUUAGAAAUGCUUUUGUUUUUUGUUCCAGUUGGAAAGGGCCUAGAGUCAUUGGUUAUAAUCCUCUUUAGUCAAGAGGGUUACAAAGAUUUCUCAACAAACUUUAUUUUUUCCUUUUCCUCCAUUAUUACCAAAGCCUACAGCUUCAGAUAGAGGAAAUCUAGAUGGUGAUUUUUUUUUCUUUCUCACUUAAAAAGUAAACCUCCAGAACACGUACUUGUUUGGUUCCUGGGCUUAUACUUUCUGUGAUGUGACACUUCAAAGAUAAUGAGCCACUGGGCUUUACAGAUAGAGGUGUGGGAAGUAACAAAGUGAAGAUACUGAUUUAGGUGCUUGUAGAUAGCCUAGAGUUAUUCAAAGUGUUGUAACAGGGUUGUGCAGAUUAUAUAAGGCUAAAAUCCAAUUUUCAAUUAAAUGAGGGGCAAGCCAACUUCAUACAAUGACCAGAUGAGCCUAAUUGCAAUGGACUUUUCCUAGCAAGAAAGGUAUACUGAGUGUAAUGCUGAUGGCUCAGAGUAGUACAGAUGAGUCACCACAACACGAGCCUCUUCCCUCUCAAAUCCAGCCAAAGCACAUGCCUGGGUUGGCUCUGGAAGUCAUCUUCUACCCCUGGGUUUUCAUCUAUAUCAAAAGGGUUAGUUUGCUUGGGAAGGAAGGGCAAGGGAGGGAGACAGGCUAACCUCUCCAUUUCCUGUCCUGUGCUAAGAUUUUUCAGGAUGCCCUGUCUGUGAAAGCCAUAAGGCACUUAUGUCCCAACCUUAAGGGUGCUGAUAAAGUCCUAGUGGAAUAUGGCAGCAGUGCUGUCAACAGCAAAGCAUCCAUGCUGAUGGGGACUCUCCAUGGGCCCUGCCUAUGUUUAUUAUGGGAAGUGCUACUAAAAUUGCUAGUAAACUAAACUACAGAGCUACAAAAUAGUGUGGAACUAGUGUAAGACAAGACAGUAUGGACACAGGCUCUUGUAUACGUGGACUUACAUAAUAAAGGAGGCAUAGUCCUUUAAUGGGUAAGAUAGAUAAUUGGAUAAAAUCUAAAUAUUUGGGGGAAAGUUACCAUAGGUAAAAAUAAAUUCCAGGAGGAAUAAAGGUAUAUGUAUAAAAAUUAAAUCAUUAAAUAAUACAUACCUGUUAGUGGAUAUUAAAUUGAUCUCUGGAUCAAUCAAGACUUUCUAAGCAAAAAAGCAGAAAAAAAUAAAAAGAACAAACUUCUAAAACAUAAAAAAAAAACAAUUAGAAACAUUUUUGCAAUGAUUGAGGAAUGCACACUUAAUCCCUAAGACCUUAAAAAUUCUACAUGGAAAAGUACUUAAUAGACACCUGGGCAAAGGAUAUUGCAAACACAUAGAAGAAAACUGAUUAGCCAAAAAGCUUCUGGAAAAAAUAGUAGAUGACAAUCUGAAGGGUAUUUAAAAACCCAGAAAAUAAACUUAUAAUGAAAAACUUUUACAAUUUAUCAAAUUGGCAAGUAUUUGAAAUAAAUCCAUGAUAGCAAACAUAGGGUAAAAACUUUUCUGGAAAAAAAGCAAAACAAAACUAAGUUUUUAUGGUCUAACCCAAUAAUUUCACUUCUAGGAAUUUUUCAAGAUACAUUAUGUGCCAAAGAUGUGUGUGCAAGGACAUAAUUGAUAGCAUCAUUUGGGAACAACUUAAGUGUCGGCCAUAGGAAACUUAGAAAUUAUAGCACACACUAACAUUCUGGAAUAUUAUGCAGCUAUCAAAAACUCUGCUUUUGAAUAAUGGAAAGGUAUGAUAGAAAAUUAUAAAAUAGUGGCAGUCGCUGACUCUGAGUGAUGGUAUUAGAUGUGAUUUUAACUUUUUUGUAUUUUUCCGUUCUUCAUUAAUGGGUUUCCUUUGUAAGGACAAAAGGAAAUGAAGACAAAUAUGGCCAAGUGGUCUGAACCAAUCCCAUUGUGAGUGAGGAGGGCAGAGGCAGAGAACUACAUUUAGAGCUGAAUAGAGAGUUCUGUAAAAACCCUCAAAGCUGCUCUUACCCACUGUAGGAAGAGCAGCACUGGCAGUUCUGCAUUGGCUGUCUAGAGGGUGUGGGAGGAAAAAUGCACAAAUGCAGUUAUGAAUGGAAUAUGUUUUGCAAGAGGCCAGGUUGGCAGCUUUGGCUUCCAAAAGAUGGGAGAGUCAGCCGCAAAACCAAUGUGUGCAGACUGAAGUCUCAUAGAGGCCUGUGAUCCUGGCCUAUCUCUGUAGUUCUGGAGUUGGGUGUUCACAGGGGACCUCUAGCCCCACCCAUCUAGAAGGAAAUAGUCUUGGAUAUGACUAACUAGAAGAGCAAAGGGAGCUCUUGGCACAAAGAGCCCUAAUCUGCUCUGUGAUCUUGCACAUGGAAGAGAAUCCUUAGUAAAAUGUCAUUUAUUGACAAUGUAGGUUUUCCCUGAUAUAUGAAGUAUUAAUGUCCCAUUUUAAAGGUUUGGAAACUGAGGCUCAAAGAGGGAAAAUAAUUCAUAUAGCACAAUAUCCUGCCAAUUUCCACGAACUGGAUCUUUGAUUUUUUACAAUAAUCCUUGGAAGUAUAGAUACUUUCUCAUUUUAUACAGCUGAGGAAGUAGAUUCAGAUGAGAUUUAAGUUAUUUGCCCAAGAGCGGAGCCAAAGCACCAACUCCAGGCCUAUCCAUAUCAAGGCAAAUACUUGUCUUAGGACUGGAUUCUCAUGAGGUAAACAGCAGCGCAACUCCCACCACUUUGGAGCUCAGCUGGGCAGGAAGGAGUCCAGCAGCACACUUAGUUUUGGGAUACUCUCAGGCCUUGCAGGGGAGAGGUGGCAGUGUACCUGGGGAAACUGCUUCUUUACAAGGAGCUACAGGUUGCAGUGUCUCUCACCCCAAAUCAAGCUCUUCAGUUCUGGUUCCUGGUCCGAACUUUCACAUAGGGCCAGAUCAUUGAGAAGUUACAUUUAAAGGAUUAAACACUGCAUGAGUGCCCAACUUUCAGAAUUUUGAAAAUUUUCCCUCCAAUUAUAAAAGUAGUAUAUUCUAGUCCUAUACACAGAAAAGCAUUUGGUAAACCUAAUAUGCCAAUCCCGUAGCCAGAAAUAAAUACUGUUUAUGAUUUUGGCAUAUAGUCUGCCAGCUUUUUGUUCCAAGGCUAUGCAUUAUUCUUGUAUACGUCUACAAAAAUGGGCUCUUCUCUAACCCUCUGUGUUCCAUACAACAUGUACUGUGAAUGCAUGCUCUCAUCUUCAAAACAGUACUGUGCGAUCUGUAUCAUCCCAAACACGGAUAUAUGAUCUUACUCAUGUUCAUACAAAUUAAGUAGGAAAGCUGAGAUUCAAAGUGCAGCAGUCUGGGUCCAGAGGUCUACUGCCAUUUCUGACAAAUCUCUUUACAUGUUUAUACAUAUGUGCAUACACACAUUUUCUAAAAUGGCUACCUAGAAUGCCAUUGUAAUGACCCUAUGAUAUAUUACCUCCAUACAUGUUUUUAUGAGACUACCCUGUUACCUUAUACUGUUAGAGUAUAAGAUAAUACUUUAGAAGUGGAAUUGCUGGGUCCCAUUGUUCAAAGCAAUUCAUAAGAAAUUUUGGUAUAACAUAUUCUGUACCCCAGAUUAGUUUGUCUUUUCUGGAACUCAGCUAGUAUCUAUCAGUUUUUAAAUUAUGUGUGCCUGUGCUCCUGUUCCCCGAACACAGAAUGUUAACAGUUCAGGAGUUCAUACAAAAGUACAGCACAAGCUUCUUGAAACUUAAGCUUCCAAUUCUAAGGGGGCAAUCUGUGGUGACAGAGGCACCUAGUGGUGAAGGGUGGCACUGCAGCCUCACUGGAGGGAAGGAGCAUUUCUAAAUGGACUUGGAAGAGGGGGGCUUUCCAGAUUGGUAAAAAGCCAAAUCUACUCUCUGCUGUCUGUUGACCUGCCAGGUUUUCAGCUCAGCCUUUUACUUUCAAUUUCAUAACAGCUGUCAAUGAGGAAACAGUUUGCCUUACAGAAAUUUGCUUCACUGAUAUUACAACUUUGACAAACUGCAAAAUGGCUAUGUUUUCUCCAGGGGGAAGUUACCUCUGGUUUCCUUCCCUAUGUAUGCCAUUUACUAUGAGUGCUGCUUGUAUUGAAAACCUGCUGCAGUGCCUGUGCAGAAACCACCAACACCAAGAAAAGUACAAACAAAUGGGUUUCCUUCCCUCUGUCUUAGAUGAAGGAUGCUUCAAUUUUAGACAUUUGUUGAAAAUGUGUAUAUCAUAUAAAUGGACUACACUCCUUAAGCUGGUAUACUCCACAAAAGUUGUCUGCUGGGUUAAGAGGGUGCAACCCAACCACGUUCUCUGCUACUGCCCACAAAGCAUCAGAACUGCACCUAAAAAGUGGUGGCUGGGCUCAGGAAUCAGGAACAUGUGUGGGAUGAUGCUCUCUUCUUUAUCUUGUAUUUCCAUCAGUCCUAGGCCAGGAAGUAAUCCAUGCAUGCUGCAACAAUGAAGGCAGGUUCAUAACACAGGGUUGAGUGGUUAGAAAUGCAGAGGCAGGGGUGGUAAGGUUCUGUUGAGGGGGAUGUCAUGGGGCAGUGGGCUGCAGGUGAACAGCUUAUGGAAAGCUACCUCCUGCAAAUGUGUUUAAUGGAAAGAAUACUGGUACUGCCAGAAGCCUAGAAUCAAGUCUUAGCUCUGCCAUUUAACAGAUGUGAGACACAUCUCAACCUAAGGUUAAUGAGCUCAAGCCAAGCCUCAGUUUCUUCAGUUCUUACAUAUUCAAGUUACUAUCUCACAGGGCUUCUGUGAGGAUUAUCAGAUGAUCAUAAUUAACGUGGAGGGUGCACUUACUUAAUGGCCAGCAUCAUUGUAAACACUUUCUAUGCAUUCUCAUUUAAUCCUCAACAGAGCUCAUGUACCUAAUUUAGGUACUAAUAGAGGCACAAUUGUUAUGUCCACUUUUCAGAUAAAACAGGCUCACAAACAACUUGCUCAAGUCAUAUAACUGUUAAGUGACAGGUAAUAAUGGCAAUCUGCCAUCUGAGUCCUUUUAAAAUGCUGUUCGAGUUUACUCUUUUGUUCAUUUUACUUAAAACAUUUGAAGCACUAUUUGAAAAGCUUUUAAAAAACAUUAACUUAUUUAAUAAUUUAUGUUGUAAAAUAUAUGGUACAGUGCUUAGAAUCUAGGAUUCAUCUAAUAGAUGUUAGUUUUCUGCCACCAUGUACUGAAUAUUCAUGGAACUGGGUUAGAGGGCUGGAGGCAGAAAUCAGCAAACACUAGCCCAGAAGCUGUCUCCACUUGAUGCUGGACUUAAGCUAAUCAGCACUGAGAUUUUUGGGUCUGGAGGACUGCAACUCAGAGCGCUAGCAUGCGUCUGAAGUCAGACCACCAAGGUUCAAGCCCUAACUGUGCACUUGGGAUAGGCAUAGCAGUAGGCAAGUUGACUGAUCUGAGCCUUUUUCUUUACUUGCUAAACAGGGAUAUUCAACAAACUCAGCCAAACAUGCAUAUCAAAGCAUUUAGCAUGGUACCUUACACUAAGAGUUUGAUAAAUUACAGCAAUUAUUAGUAUUUUCAAUACUAAUUUUAGCAGCUACCAGAAAUGUAAGGAUGAAGAGCUGAGUCAGGUUCCCAGCAUGAGGAAACCUUCCAUUCUCUUUGCUGGUCCCUCCUGAGUCACUCUGACACUUCUCCAAGGGUAUCUGCUGGCAUCUUGGAGACAGCUGCACAGAUGAGGCCCAGAGUGACCUUAUAGUUUGGGGGAGUAUAUGCUCCUGCUGCUGUACUUCCUUAAUAUAAUACAGAUAUCAGAGGGUUUCCUUACUACAUGAUUUGCUAUUUGCAGAUUUUUCUCUUGACUUAUCAAAAAAAGACCUUUGUUUGAGUCAGAACCUAAACUUUUUUGCUCCCUGACCGUGACACUCCCUCCUUCGAGCCCUUAAUCCCUGCAGAAUAUCCUGUCCACUUUCAGAAGCAAGCUUUGGCUCACUGUUGCCUGUCCACUAUACCAUGGGGAACAUGAAGAUCAGGCUCCUAUUCUACCCCUACCUCCAUAUGUUGGACCUGACAAGCUAGGUUAGGGCAAGUUUGUCUGCCCCUAGUCUGUGUUCUCAAACAAAAUGCUUUGCUGGCAACUUUGGGUCACUUUUUUUUUUAACCUCCUGCUGUUAGGCUCCCCACAAGCCUGUUUAAAGUAUAUCAGUCUAAGAUUUUUUUUUUUAAAUCUAAAUACCUAAUGCUUGAUUCUGUUUCUCAGAGACAGCAGUUCUCUCAAGCUGCCCAGCAGACAGCCUGUCAAACCAGUGGUCCUCAGAUGCAUGUUACAGAAUUUUAGGAUAGGAAAUUAAUUUCUCAUCCAGGCUUCAAGGCUUGAGGUAUUUAUAUUCUAUCAUCUGGGACCUCGGACCCAGGAAUCCUUUAAUGUCAGAAUUUUAAGGGACUUUUUAGAUAUAGAUAAUGCAAUCCAGUGCUUUUCAAACUGCUCAAAAGGGCCACUGCCCUCUCUUCUCUCCUGGAUACAUAGAUUCAUUUAUCCAUCCUCUCACGCAUUCCAACUGCCUGUCUUCAUGCUUUAGGAUUUAACACAUUUUUUUUAAAGAAAGGUUUUUGUAGUUAAAAGGGUUGUAAGUCACUGCUUUAUUUCAAAUCCCUUAUUUUACUGAAGGGAAAUUGAGACCCAAAGUGGGAAAAUGGCCACUUGUCAGAGGCAAUAGGUGAUAGGGCUGGGACUGAACCUGAGUCCUGCUCUACCUUUCCUCAAGUUUAAAAUCAGCAAAACAUGUGCUACUGGAAAUUCACAGGUGGCAUGUGAUGAAGGGAAGAGGGUGGGGAAGGCAGGAACACACUGCUUAUGUGGAAAAGGCAACCCAGUCACAUCUAAAUCUGGGCAUUGCCCUACAACUUGUUAACCAGUUUUAUUCAAGUGGAGUUAGGCAACUACCUCUUGUUCCUAAGAGGCUGGAGGACGUAAGACUUCUGUCUUUAAACUGGGAUGAGUUGUGUCCUUGAGGGACCAAUAAGAAUAUUUAUCUGUAAAAUGGAAAUACAGUAACUAUCUCUUAAGAACUGGAAAUUAAGAGAUGAUUCAUGUAAGUCCUCAUUUACAUGUCUGGACAUCAACAAAAGGCCUUUCUCUAAGAAUUCCAGGGGCUAAAAUGAAGGAACUCUUCAGUCCUUACCUCCUGGUUCCUGGCAGCAGGAUGAGGCAGAGGGUGCCUGAACUCAGGCUGAGCUUCCCUAUCUUCUGGCCACAGUGCCAGGCUGCUGUCUUUGGGUGGUCCACCUUCAGAGUCUAGGAUCAAAGCCAAGUGUUGGCACUCAGCCAGAGUACCCUCUGCUUACUACCAGAGGGGCUGCAACGUUCUUUCUCAGGUUCUAGAGCUGUGGGGUCCCAUGAGAGGCUAUGUGUAAAUCCUCAGGCUGAAGCUGAAACAUAUAUUUUAGGGCUCCCUGUCCACCCUAGCAUCCCCAGGCCACCAAGUCAGAUUAUGAUGACAGCUGCUGUUCUUCCCUUCUGAUGGGCCUUCCAGCUGUCCUGAGUUAGGGGAACUGUAGCACUAAUGAGCGCUAGUCUAGCCUCUGCCAUUAAAUAACUUUGUGACCUGGGGUAGUCACUCACCACUUGACCUCUAUUUCUCAUCUGCUAAGUGUAGGAGGUUAGAUAAGGACAGGGGUUCCCAAACUGUAGUCAUUCACCUUCCACCUAGAUGCUUCUGCUUGUGUUUUCCUCUAAUGGUUUUUUUUAACAGUCACUUUCUUCCUUAAUAUCAACUAAAUAAUACUGUCCAUGAAAUCACACAUUCAAUGUGGUGGUUGUACAAUUUAAUGAAUGUCGAUAAACAAGUGAAAAAAGGUCCAUCUAUGAUCACCAAAAAUCAUAUUGUCUAUGUACCAUAUUCUGGGAAACCCUAGAUCACUAAAGACUUGUCCAGCUUUCUAGCCUUGUAUAUAAGUCCCUCAAAAGUCCCUGGGAGAUCAACCUGGAAUACAAAAAAAAGAUUUUAGCACGUAUGGAAAGGGCAAGUGUAUGGGAGAUCAUGGAGAAAAAAAAUGUACCCAGGGCUGGAAGAAGCUAGAGAAUGAAGUAAGACUAGUGCCAGGGUGGUAACAAAUGACCGAAGGCAGAAGUGUCCCUUGAGGAGGACUCUCCUAAUUUUCAAAAUUAUCAGUAGGUUAAUGCCCAUAGCCAGUAAACCAAGUAAACCAGCUACCUUUCCCUGAUGCCAGGAUAUACCCCUCCUCUCACCUGCAAGAUCUGCUGUUCUGAGGGGGAAAGUAUGACUUGAAGUCCUAGGGGCCUUGCUUCAGGAGCCAUUAAGCCAUGUGUGGAGGUACAGGGAGGUUAGAGCAUGCCUGCCUUUCAGCUUUGAGUCCUUGCCUGUAAGAAUGUUUUGGGCCUUCUGGGCACUGCCAAAAGUUUUAAAUUCUGAAAGCAAGAUACUCCCUUCUGUUAAGAGGGGCCAUAAAACCAACCUGUUCACCAAGCUAGAGCCCAACCAGGAUCAAGGAAAAGGACAGAAUGAGGAGCUGUUGACCUUGUCUAGCCCAGGAGGGCUUACUGGGAACAUUUUCUUUCUCUGACCUCAUGUUAUUACCAUCUUUAAUAAACCCCAAGGCUACAUUCAAUAGCAUAUACUGACUCAGGAAACUAUUUUUUUUUCUCCUGUCCACUUUUAAGAUCUUUAGGCAAGAUCACAGCUUCUAAGCCAAAAAAGAGGUUGGGCUGCUGCAACAGAUGUUCUUUAAAGGUUUCAGUCACUCCAGAGAGAUAUACGGUACCUCGGUUCUCGGAAUCUCAUUCUAGCUCCUUCACAAGGGUGUCACAAUCAAGGUUGAGCUCCGUCAUAGGCCUCUUGCACCUAACCAGGAAAAGAUGGCAUUAGUGGUGGAAAGUUACCACUUCCACCCCCAGGCUUGUUAUAUACUAGCAAGUAACUUAAUUCUGCAGUUUCCUCUUCUGUGAGAGGAGACUACUGAUAACUGCCUAAUAGGACUACAGUAGAGAAAUGUAAAUAUUUUGUGUAAACACACUAUCUCCUCAUUUUCUCACCCUCACCACCUGGCAGUGGAAAUUAGUUCCCUGCCUUCUACCCGAAUUUCUGUUUACUUGCAUAAGAAACUUCAAAAUACCACCAUUUGAUCCCCUGAAAGCUAAAGGAAAAGACAACCACCAAAAAACCACCAUGAAUAAAUAAUACCGGCUCUAAGUAGUGAUAAUGAGUAUAAGGAAGACCCCAUGUAACCCAGGCUGAUUUUGAGAAAAACAAAAGCUCUCUGAAAUAACUGUAAACAGAGGCUGUGCUAGGCCAGGGCUGAGUGAUAGUGCUGCUUUUUUCCCUCUCUAACCACCCUACCUUGAUGAAGUUAUGUUCUACCAGAGUGCCAUCCAAGGACUCAAUGGCCAGCUGGGCAGCCUCUAGGACUUCAUACUCUGUACAGAAAUGUGGCUGCAGGAAAAGCAAGAUAUCCUUCCUUUGCUUUCCAGGCUCACACUGUCAGAGAAGGGGCUGGAAAGGGGGUUAAGCUAUAGUGGCCAAAGCCACCAGAAAGGAUUUCCUUGCUGUGUUAGGCUAGACAGUGAUUGAAAUCAGGGUCUUAGAGAUAUUUGUAUACCAGUGUUCAUAGCAGCAUUAUUCAGAAUAGCCAAAAGGUUAAAACAGUUCAUCGGUGGAUGAAAGGAUAAAAUGUGCCAUAUUCAUACAAUGGAAUAAUAGGCUUGGAAAGGAAUGGAAUUCUAACACAUGCUUUAACAUGGAUGAACCUUGAAAACAUACGUGCUAAGUGAAAUAAACCAGACAUAAAAUGACGAAUAUUGUAUGAAUCCACUUACAUGAUGUACACAGAGUAGUCAAACUCAUAGAGACAGAAAGUAGAAUAGUGGUUACCAGGUCUUGGGGAGAAAGGACUGGGGAGUUAAUAGGUACAGAGUUUCAGAUUGGCAUGAUGAAUAAGUUCUGAAGAAAAUGUAUUUGGUAGCACUAAAUUGUUACAACCAUUUAAAAAUGGUUAAAACAAAUUUAUGUAUAUUUUACAAAAAAAAAAAAAGACUCAUAGGAAGAAAUUAGUCCUAA